AUGAUUGGAAUAGGUGGCGGAGCCUCGGACAAUGGCGAAGACACACAACGCGGCGCUGGAACCACCUCGGGCCGGCAAAGGCUCUCGCCUACGCUGCAAAUUCCGAAAAACCGGAGCACCGGUAACCUCGAGACCGUAGGCGAGAUGCCCGACACCGACACGGGCCGCCCCCGAUUUUCGAGCUCCAUCAUCACGGACCACGACCAUGGCUUGGGCAUGUCCGGGCUGAGGCGCAUACGGCAGCAGCCAAAUGCAAUGCGGACGCCCACACUUCCGUCCGUGUCGAGUCGAACACCUUCGCUCAAUGAUCUCACACGGUCGACAUCCGCCAGCCUGUAUCUAGACAGCUCCUCGGGACCACUCGCCUCCUUCCCGGCCUCUCCGACCUUCACCGAAGACCUCUCUCGCUUCCCGUCCGAAUCGCUCCAUUCCUUCUCGUUUGCUCACCAGUCCGAAGAUCUAAUACACAACCGCCAGAACGUCUUGAAACGCUCGAUGGAAUUUAUGAGAGACCGGAUGGCUUGGUCAGUGUCGUCGAACGCGGGGAUAGCCAGCGCCCAAGCGCGGGCGAGUGGCGAUGCAGAAAUGCAGAACAUGUUGGAUUUGCUAGCAAAGGCACACCUAGUGGGUGCUGGAAACCUCCCAAGCGGCGACCCAAACAUCCCGAUUGCGCCGUUGACGGGGCCGGCUUCUGCAUCAAGCGCGAAUGUGUUUGACAAGGGGUUUGCUUUGCGGACGUCCAGUCCUGAGCCUUACGACAGAUCACCUCUCACAUCACCAACCGCACCCGUUCCCCCACCCGCAGCCUUCGAACACCGCGAUUCCCGACGAGACGAACCGAUUCCGACCUCGGACACGCCGCCUCGACGUCCGUCUAGCGGAGGGACCGGGUCUGAGGGCUCAUCGAGAACCCCCACGAACGAGAGCGGUGCAAGCGGUACUACAGCAAAGACGUCACCGCCACCAUCACGACGGCCUAGUGUGCUGAAGCGAACGAUGACCGAUACGGACACGGUGCAGGCCUCGGUACACCAAAAACUCAUCGACAUCAUGGCACAGCCGUUUCUUGCCGCAGAACAGUCAUCCCAAUCCCAGCAUCGGCCAUCCCAGGGUUUUGGCGGCUCAAGUCUCCAUCCGUCGAUGACUACACCGCCCCCAGCGCUCCACAAUCACCUAGCACGCUGGGUGCCUGCCACACAAGCCAUCUUCACCACCGAAGCGAAAGCACCGUGGACGAUUCUGGCAGCCAACGAUCUUGCCUGUCUGCUGUUCGGCGUCACGGCGGCCGAAGUGAGGAAGAUGGGGAUCAUGGAAGUGGUGCAGGAAGAGAGGAGGGCGUGGCUCGUGAGCAAGCUGGAAAAGGGAUUUAGAGAGGAUCCGGGGGGCGUUUCAGAGAGCGAAACACCGCCUCGUCCACCACCACCCACGGUACAGGCAUCGAGUCUUCUUGGGGGACGGGCCGGGGGAAUUACGGCGAGGCUCCUUAGUAAGCCCAAUUCGAGGUCCCAGGCCCCGAAACCCCUUCGGCGGCCAGCUACUAUCCACAGCGGUGAUCCGACACCUCCAAAGCCGGGGCAGGGCCACCGGAAGAACAGCAAGUCUCGGGGUGUGCUGCUUUGCGGCGAUGUCGUCCCAAUACAGAAACGGAACGGGGCGACUGGAUCUGCAAGCCUUUGGGUGAUCGAGAAGCGGGUGAGCUUGAUCUGGGUACUGGAGGAGAUCAACGAAGAUGUCGCGUAUGUUGAUGUCGGGGAAGACGGGAAAGUGCUCAAGCUCUCGGGUGCGCUGGGCCCCAUCUGGGCGAACGAGAAUCUCCAGCCGGGCCAGGACGUCGGGGCGUUGAUUCCGCGGCUUCCACGGCAGGGCAUUGACCCGCGGUAUGGAGAGCUGGACUAUCACGAGAUAUCCCGGAGGAAGUACUACACGUGCCGCACCAGCGACAAGAUCAAUAUCCCCGCGACGGUAGCGCAGGUCCGGGGCACUACGCAGCUGCGUGUGUCGAGUUUUCCGCAUAUCGCAGGUAUCGUUGUGGUCUGCCCGCAAGACCUGACCAUCAAGAGCUCCAAUUCUGUGUUCUGCGGCGCGCUCUUUGGCCACGAGCAGCCAGACGGCCUGUCGCUCAACCAGCUGGUUCCCAACUUUGACAAGAUCCUGCGCGUGCUGACCGAGCGAGACGGUGUCCACUUCGUCGAUGGGAUCGUGAUCCCGGAGCACUCGUUCCGAAAAGCUGCAGCGUUCCUAGCGCUGGAGGAGGGUCAACCAGAUGCUGCCGCGGGCUUCCUGCGCCCCGAGAGCCUCCCCGCGAAGCAUCGGGACGGGUCCCAGUUGCGCAUCGACAUCCAGAUGCGGGUCGUCAAGAGUGAAAAGCAAGUCGAGUCUCGGAACGAGGCCGUGAUCGAGGAGACUAGCGACGAGGAUGAGGAAAGAGAAGCUUCGCCGUCGGAUGAAGCAAGCGACAAGUUCCUGGUGGCGCAGACGGAGAUGGUGUACGCGCUCUGGAUCACCUACUCGCGGCACCUCCAUGCUUCGCGGUCGACUCUGGGCGCCGCGUCGCCGCUGCUCUCGGGAAUGGCGACCCCGCUACACCAGCCAUCUCCGGGCCAGACACCCGCCCACAGCCCCGUGGAGAUGCAGUCCGACUCGGACGACUCCCAAAAGGAGGAGGAGGAGGAGAAAGAGGUGGUCAAGUCACCGUCGCUGGCGCGGCAAAUCAAAGACGCCGCUUUGACAGCUGCGGCCAAGCUGACCGGGUCGUCGUCGAGGAGCGUUUCCGAGGGGGUGUCCAAGGAUCAGCAGCAGCAGCAACAACAACAACAGCCGCGGCAGCAGUCGGUUGUGGCCACCGCGGCCACCAAGACUGACGAGGAAGCGAACAAGAAAAAGCUGAUCGACGACUUCAUCAUCCUCGAGGACAUGGGCCAGGGCGCCUACGGCCAAGUCAAGCUCGCGCGGUACCGCAGCACAGGCAAGAAGUGCGUGCUCAAGUACGUCACAAAGCGGCGCAUCUUAGUCGACACCUGGACGCGCGACCGACGCCUAGGCACCGUCCCACUAGAAAUCCACGUGCUGGACUACCUCCGCCGCGACGGCCUGCGCCACGCCAACAUCGUCGAGAUGGACGACUUCUUCGAGGACGACGUCAACUACUACAUCGAGAUGGCGCCACACGGCUUGCCGGGUAUGGACCUGUUCGACUACAUCGAGCUGCGCGCCACCAUGGACGAGCAGGAGAGCCGCAGCAUCUUUGUGCAGGUCGCCCGGGCCGUGCAUCACUUGCACACCAAGGCGUUGGUUGUGCAUCGUGAUAUCAAGGACGAGAAUGUCAUCCUCGAUGGCGAGGGCCGGAUUAAAUUGAUUGAUUUUGGGAGUGCCGCGUAUAUCAAGAGCGGGCCCUUUGAUGUGUUUGUCGGGACCAUUGACUACGCAGCCCCCGAAGUCCUCGCCGGCCGUCCCUACGGCGGUAAAGAACAAGACGUCUGGGCCCUCGGCAUCCUGCUGUACACCAUCAUCUACAAGGAAAACCCCUUUUACAGCAUCGACGAGAUCAUGGACCGCGACCUGCGCGUGCCGUAUACCAUUAGCGAGGAGAGCAUUGACCUGGUGCGCAAGAUGCUGGACCGCGAUGUGGCGGCGAGGUAUACGAUUGAUCAGGUGCUUGCGCAUCCUUGGUGUCGGGAGUGGGGGGAGGGGGUGUGA